AUUUCCUGGGCAAGUGGAGAUGUUUUCAGGUUGAAACGGUCUUCUUUUAAAGAGAAAAUGAGUAAACUGAAAGACUAGAGCUCCCUGGACAUGUCUGCUGUGGAGAGAAGAGGAGCUCCGGAGGCUCACUGGGAAAUCAGACCUUCCAGAAAUCAGGAUUUCAGGCGUCCCCUGAGGCCAGUGAUUCGGCCCAGGCAUCCCGUCAGCACGAGCACCUGGCUGCCUGACGGCUCCGACAGGAGGCCCAUUUAUGUGUCUUUUGUCAGCAAGGCUAUCCUGUGGGAUAGAGGAGUCUGCCACUACACCGCCCACGGUCGUCCAGUUCCUCGUACUUCUCUGUGUCCACGGUUCCUGUCUCACAUGAAGGCUCACUCUGAGGACUUCAGCCCUCUGUGUUACUGGAGCUCCAAGUUCAGACAGCAGCCUCCUCCUCCUCCUCCUCCUCCUCCUCAGGGAAAGAUCCAGAACACACACACUCCCACUACCCCAAAGACCCAAAUGCUGCUGGGGCACUUCCAUCAGAGUCCCAUCAGAAGAGCAAGUGUCGCACAGAACUUUGGUCUGAUUUCAGGAAGGCGCUCUGCUAUCAUCGUUCCCUGUGCCCAGCUUCCUGCUACUCCAUCCAGCUUUAAUCCAACGCCUCCCCACAACAACACGCCUCAACCUGACUCUGAAAGACAGCAAAGCAAGUCGAACCCCACUCUAGCGUCUCCUCCUCCUCUUCCUUCUCCUGCUUCACAGGAGAAACAUCCCGAGAGGGAAAUGGUGCUACGGCCUGUCAUGCUGGAACCAAACUAUGAGCUAAACCAAAGACCUGCUGGAUCAGCUCUCUCAGCUUCGCUGAGCUCCUUCUCCCGAGGGUCUCUUUCAGAUUUAAGUCGUCCACCUUCCAGUUUAUUUAGUCGGAGUACCGACUUCACCAGUGGCAGGAGCAGCGUCCUCUGUGAUAAACCACCUGCAGCAGAUUCGAUGGUCUCGGCAGAUCCAGAAGGCCACGUUUCUUUAUCCUCAUCCCAGCCGUCCCCUCUGAUGCAGUUACCCUUGGCUGCUUCCUCUCCAGCGAAAUCGGACCUUCAUCGGUCCUCAAAGGAUAAGACCCCCGCUGCCACCACACCGUCAGUGCCCUACGACCCACUCUGCAGCCCAACCAAACCCUUCUCACCCCGCCCAAUAUCAGCCAUCCACCUUAAUUCAGACAAACCUCAGAGCAGCAACAGAAGCACAAAAAUACCACAAAAUGUCCACUUGGAAACAUCCGUAGCUCCUGCUGAUCUCAACCUAUAUUUGGACUCUGAUCAAGGUGCUGCUCUGGCUUUUCCUUCCACCACUUGGUCCUCCUGCCCAAGUCAACAGAGGACCACUCCCCGCUCAGGGUCAGCGGCAAAGCUGACCCCUUCUACCCCAGUGUCUUGGCUGGAGUCUAAUGUCUGGCCGGUCCUGCCUCCAAUCUCCCCUAUCAGAGGACGCUCAGCAGCAUCUCGCUGCUCUGAGAUCAGCGGCAGUCAGUCUCAGAUGUUUGAUGAACUGGAGGCCAUCGCCCCUUUGUCAACUUCCUGUUUGUCUUUGGAGCAGCUAUCUGACUCGUCAGGCUGCCCUUCACCUGACACAGAGCUGUCCCCCGGUCUUGCAGCACUCACAGUGGGCUGCGACUCUGGAAAUCUGGGCUCCCUGUCCCGGGUCCAGCUGCUCCUCCUUGACCGACCUGCACCUGAGACUCUUCUGAGUCCCUCUGAGCUGGAGGAGGAAUUCUCCCCAAGGCAGGACUGGUCUGAUCUGGCGAUGCAGUUUGAUUCAGCAGGUGUUUCGAGGCCCCUCACAGCUGGCAGCGUCUCUGAAAGGUUCGACUCUGCAGGGAAAGUCCAGGAAAACAAAUCGGAUAAGUCUGAAGGAGGUUCAGGGUCACCAUCUUCAUGGAUUAUAGACCCGAGUCCAUCAUUCGACAUGUUCAGAUCCUCUUAUUCUCCGUCUCAGUCCAGCCACAGUUCCCACACAGACGAAGGGGGCCCCGAUGAGGAGAAAUCCAAUUAUCCAGGAUGGAGGAACCAAGUUCAGACCCCAGUUGAAGGGAGGAGGCCUGAGAGUCUCACAGACAAGGAAAGUAGGAUGGAGGAGAGGAAAACAAAGGUUCUGAACAUGCUUUCCAAACUGCAGGAUGACACACCUGAGCAGAGCAAAAGCAGCAAAGGCCACUCCAACUUUGAAGACUUCGACUUUUUGGCAAAGUACUGCAUUUUCAGUCAGGAGAAGCUGGCUGAGUACAAAAGGGCUUUUGAAGCAGAGGACAGCGACGGCGACGGCUACAUCUCCUGCCUGCAGGUUCUCCUCGCUCUUAAAAACAUCAUCCCUCCUGAGCUGCUGUCCGAAGAGGAAGAGAUCUAUGUCUACAGGAUCCUGGAGAUGGUGGAUUUCCGAGUGACAGAUGGGCUCGUGGACCUCAGGUUGUUUGCUGUAAUCGCAAGCCUGGCACAGAAAAUUGCAUCCAUGGAUGAGUUUAUGCGAUCACUAAUCAGCAGCACGGACUUCCGCUCCCUGGAAGUGAGGCUCUUCAAAGCUAAGCAACUUUUCCUGUUCCUCCUGGAGGACCAGCAGGCCGACGCAGGCGUUCAAAAGGGCCUCAUCAGUGCCGAGCAGCUGCUGCUGGAGCUGAAGGCUGGUGGUAUCCAUUUGGAGCAGGAGGUGGCCGUCAGGCUAGAGCUGCAGCACAUUCCCCCUCUGGACCUGCUGGACUUCCUGGCCUACCUGCCCCUUUUCAUGCUCAUUCACAAGUCGGUGAUUUCCAACCCUCUCAAUGACUCCAGUAACCUUUGACCUCAGUCAGUGCACCUUGUGGAGGACAUAUCAACAGAGCCACCUCUGCUUGUGUGAAAUGACGGCAUGUGAUAAACAGGAAAACGAGCAGAUUAGGCAGUGUAGACUUUAAAAGUAUUUCUUUUUAACGAUCUUAACUUUUCUCUUCAAAGUGUAACCUUUUAAUUUACUAUUAAAAACCAGCAAGAGUGAGUCAAAAGUGGAAGAAGUCAUAAUAGCUCACAUUUGAAUUUAAUUUGUUUUAUAGAAAAUGCACAUUUAUUCCCUCUUUUAUACAAAAGAAAUGAUAAACAAAAAAAGAAAAUUAUUUAGAAAUAAUGAUAAUAAAGCUAUAAUUUGUAUUAAAAUAUAGAGGUUUUAUUAUUAGACAGGUGCUUAAAGUUUUCCCGCUACUGCCAAACUAAACUAAUGCACUAUCAAGUUUACUAUAAAUUAAAAAGCUUGCUAGCUGUUAAAUAAUUUAAAUAUGAUAUAGCAAAAAUAAAGCUUCAAUUUAUAGUAAAGUAUGAAAAAAGACAUCAAUUAUAAUUAGACAGAUGCUAAAGUUUUCCUGUUAGCUCCAAGCUAAGCUAAUGAUCUAAAAAGUUUAUUUUAGAAAGUAUGGACAAAGAUAUCACUUAUAGCAAUUAUUAAAUAGGCGGUAAGAUUUUCCUGCUAACUCCAAGCAAAGCUGAUGAGCUCAUCACUUUAGUGUUAGCUUGCUCUAGAUUAAUUUAAAUAUGAUAUAACAAAAAUAACGCUAUAAUUUGUGGUAAAAUAUUGAGAAAGAUAUCAGAAUAUUUAUUAAGUCGGCUCUAAAGUUUUCCUGCUAGCUCCAAGCUAAAUUAAUGAACUAGCAAGUUUGCUGUGUGUUAGCAAGCUUGAUAGCUCUUAAAUCAUUUAAAUAUGCUGAUAUGAUUAAAAAUAAUGCAUUUAUUGUGUCUAUAUAAAAUUAUAAAUAAGUACUAUGGUUAAAGGACUAGAUCAGGAUUAUAUAUUAGAUCUUCCAAUAAUAAUUUUACAGAAUAAUGCUAUACUGGAUUUUUAUGGCACACUGUAAAAUA